AUGGGGGAAUACAUAAGAAAAAUACCCUUUUAUAACGAUUAUGAAAAAAAGAAAGAUCUCUUAAAAUUUUCCUGUUUAAAAGAAGAUAAUGAGGAUGAGUUGCAAAGAAACUUGAAGAAGAAAAACAUGAACGAUGAUGUUCAUUUUAUAAUAAAGAAACGGGAAAACAUGAGGGACAUUCUGACGCACCACCUUCAUACAGACAAUAGGACCCAAAGGGAUAUACUUACUGAGAGAAAAAAUAAAUUGAAAGAGGAUAUCUCUCAGAACUACAAUGCAUACGAAAAAAAAUUUCCGUUUCUUAUUGAUACUACUGUGACAAAACCUCAAGAAACGAAGAGUAUAAGGGACGUAUUAAACGAUAUAUACGAGCAGGAUGACGUACAUAAAACUAGAUUAAGUGAAGAUAUUAAGACAAAAGCAAUGUUAUUGGAAAGGAGAAAAAAGCUUUUUAUCGCUGAGUUAAGUGGCAAGGAUGCAGAAGGUACCCAGUUAAGGAAGGGGAUUCAUCCCCAUGCAGCGAAUUAUGUUAUGGAAGUCGUAAAAAAUAAGAACAAAUUGUUAACCCUAAAAAAUUAUGGGUUGGGGCAAUCCCCUUCAGAUUUCGUUUUUUCAUAUCCUGACAUUAAGGCAAGAGGGAGAGGGGGAUAUGCCACUGAAAUAAUGAAAUCAAAUAUACUAAAAAAUAAAAAUGAAAAGACUCAAAAAUGG